UGGUGAAUUGUUGAGACAUCAGCUGGACAGACAUCGAGUCUCUGAGAGUUCACAGGACCCAGGAUGAGCUCUGACCGAGUGCCCUCAAGGACCGAGGUGAUGGGGUGGAGUCCUGCACAGCUCGCAGCCCACCUGAAGAAGAUGAAUCUGACUGGCUGUGAUAAAGUCGUGCUGAAGAACUCCAUCUCUGGAUCCAGAUUUGUGAAUCUGAGUGAAAACGACCUUCAGAAGUUCCCGAAGCUCCACGCUCCGCUGAUCUCAAAGAUCAGCACAGAAAUCAGCAAGAAGGAGGAGAGACGAGGACUGUUCGGUAACAGAAUAACUUCUAAAUAUCAUGAACCAGCAGAAACCUCCUCGGACUUCCAGGGCGGCUGGGAUCCAGAUGAGUUUGACGAUGAAGAUUGUGACGAUGACUAUGAGAGUCCAUACAGCGGUGAGGAGGAGGGCAGCGGGGGCGACUACGAGUCACCAAAUGAAGACGAAUACGAGCCGAAUCCUACCGAACCUCCAGAGGACCUGCCUCACGCACGGCUCGCCAACCUGCCGAUCGGAGACAGCGACUACAUCGAUAACAGAAAUAACCACGUAGCACCCAGAGACCGGCCCCCUGUUGUGUGUCCCCGCCCCUCAGUAGGCUCCCUGGCUGCACCAGAGCCCCGGCUGCCAGGCAUGUCGUCAUCCAGGAGAGACGCCUCCCCCUCCCCUCACAGCGGUGGACAACCACCAGGAAGUUUUCCAGGGGCGCCUCCUCAGAUCAGCCGUGAGAACAAACCGGGCAGAGUUUCAGGAUCCACGCCAUCCCCCGUCAGAGGACCUCAGCCCAGCAUGCCGAGCACACACCCAUGGAGGCAAAAGCCCGACACCCCUGACCCUUCCAGCUGGACCAAACCUCCCGUUCCAACUCCUCCCUCCUCGUCCAUCGGCAGGAGUAACUCCUCCGCCAGAAAUCCACCCAGCAGGUUUGAUGCAAGUAGAGAGCUGACCAACAAUGAUGUUCAUAAAAACAACACAUUUCCCCUCCAAAAUAAAAGCCUUCCCCCUCGCCCUGGACUGCCAGGUCCCCCAUCCCGUCAUGGAGACAGUUUACCUCCAAACCUUCCGUCUGCAGGAUCACUGCCCCAUAAAUUUUCCCCUGUGAUGGGGGAUCAUGGAGGGAACUUCUCAGGGUCAGCCAGACAGUCCUUUCGUCCACCUCCACCCACAUCAACAAGAACCCCGGAGCUGGACCCUCAUUGGUACGUUGGUAAAGUGACCCGAGGUCGGGCAGAGGAAUGUCUGAAAAGAGUUAACAAGGAUGGGGCGUACCUGGUGAGGGACUCGGCACGGCAGUUGGCCAACCAGCCGUUUACGCUGAUGGUGCUCUACCAGGACAAAGUCUUCAACAUCCAGAUCAGACAACAGAACCAGAACUUCCUGCUGGGAACGGGACUCAAAGCACAGGAGUCUUUCCCCUCUGUCAGUGACAUCAUCAGCCAUUACUCCCAGUCUCCUCUGCUCCUCAUUGACGCCAAAAACCGCCGCUCCCCCCAGCAGAACCAGUGUCUGCUCUCUGACCCGGCCGGGUUCUGCAUGACCAAACAGAGCUGGUCCUGACCGGAUCGAACUUGUUUGGAUCCAACCAGAUCAGACCAGGCUGGACCAGAUGAGUCAAACUAACCCAGAGUUGAACCAAGCAGAAGGAUGAAGAUGACUGUGCUCCUCAGGUCUCAUUGGUUGGUGGAAUCAGGAGAAAAGGUCACAUUUUUGCACGUUGCUUCAUUUGCUCGUCUUUCUUAUUUGAUCUCAGCGCUCUGAUAGAUAAACCCUUCUCAGUCUCUGAGCUCUGAAACAUUUCUGAUUAUAAAGGUUUCUUAUUCUCAUUUCUGCUUGUGACUUCCUCAGGUAUAACAUCGGAUAAAUACUGUUUGUUUUAGGUUACUUAUCAAGUUUAUCCAAAUCUAAAACUUUGCAUGAUGCUGCUCUGUAUCUGUGUCCAGCUGAGCUGAAUAAAUCCUGUAUUUCACAACACAAUCAUGUGGUUUGGUUUGUUGGAUGAAGAGGAUGUGAUGACAGCAUCAAGAUUAGAAUAACACAAAUAUGGACAGUAUAAAUGUUUAUGUUUUUAAACACUCAUUCUAACCGGCAUUAGAUAAACCAACAAUCUUUACCUAAUGUUGACUGCCCUUUUUCCAGAAAGGAAGAGAAAAGCCCCAAACAUUCCAUCCUCUGCCUUUGAUGAUGUCAUGCUUUAAUGUUAUAGAUAUUUCAUCCUUUUCUGUAAAGAAAUCAUCCAUUAAACUUCAUAAAACAAUCUAUCCUUCCCUUAAAAAAUGAUGUCAUCCUCUAUUGUUUAUGAAUAUUCCA